AAUGUGUCAGACGCAGGUGUAGCCAGGGAACUGGUGAAAGGUAAUCGCUGGAGUCCAUUUCAGUUCCCCUGUCCCACUCGUUUGCCCCGCGACUUUCCCCUCAGCGAUCAAGUACGAUUAUUAUUGACUUAUCCGUGUUGCCUCACGUACCAUGACUGAACAAUCAGCGCUGCUUCUUCGCAAACAAUUGGCAGAGCUCAACAAGAACCCGGUGGAGGGCUUCUCUGCCGGCCUCAUCGACGAUGACGACAUCUACAAGUGGGAGGUGGUCAUCAUAGGCCCCCAGGACACACUGUUCGAAGGAGGAUUUUUCAAGGCGUACCUGACAUUUCCUUUCGAUUACCCCCUGCGACCGCCCAAAAUGAAGUUCAUCACAGAAAUCUGGCAUCCCAAUGUGGCAAAGAAUGGGGACGUUUGCAUCUCCAUCCUGCAUGAGCCAGGGGAGGACAAGUUUGGCUACGAGAAGCCAGAGGAACGUUGGCUACCCAUCCACACGGUGGAGACCAUCAUGAUCAGUGUCAUCUCCAUGCUGGCCGACCCCAACAGUGACUCGCCUGCCAACGUGGACGCCGCCAAAGAGUGGCGAGAAGACCCCAACGGGGAGUUCAAACGGAAGGUGGCACGCUGUGUAAGAAAGAGUCAGGAGAUGGCAUUCGAUUAGGCCUUGGUUGCUGUUACAGAAAUCCAGG